AUGGAUUUUCACACCCGCAAGGCUCUGAAUAUAUACCCGCAGAACGAAGAACCUUUCUACCACGCCUCCAGUUAUUCCCCCGACGACAUGGUUUACGAAGGAAGCGAUACCGAACUGACCGACGAUGAAUUGCGCAUUAAGCGCCUGCGAUAUGAAGACCAUGCGCAAAAGUAUAUGAGGGGUUGUUUACCUGUUUUGCAGUCUGCCAGGCUCAGAGGUCCUUUGGAGGACAGGAGUGAGUGGUCACAUCCAUGGCGAUAUCAUCCCCCAGCCCGGAGGACGAAAAACGACAAACCCGGGCCAUUUAGAAGAGUUUUGGCAGGAAGUGGGAUAGAAGGAUCCGAUGGCAUAAGGGGUCCUCGGCCGACCGCUGUACCCUCUUUUGCGACUUCGUCUGGGAGCCGCGGGAGAAAUUCUUCACCGCGGAUAUCGAAUUGGGAGACCACGACUCGGAACCUGGAGGAGAAGAUUGGCAGAGCUACGGGACAUAAAAGCUCACGAGAAGGGGUUUCUAGCGGCCAUGCGACAGCUGUUGCUCAUAACACUUCAGAUGGACUUGGAGAAGAAAGGCGGAUUGAAACUACACGCCAAAAACGUGCUGCAGAUUCACAAUGGCUGAAAGGGUCAUAUGUGUCAAAAAGAGCGCGGUGGCACGAGGCAGAUAUAGAGACACCGACUCCCAAUCCGCAACUAUAUAAUCAGAGGUUUCAAUGGAAGGCUCAAGGGACCGCCAGCGCUCAAGAUCCCAGGUUAGAUCCUUUGAGUAGUAAGCCUUUGAGCAGCUUUCCAGAUAUAGCAAGGCCCAAGACGUCAACUGACAGUCAGGAAACCAGUGGGCUAAAUCGGACUAUUGAGCUAUCUCGUAGCGUCUUUCAACAUGUACAACCUUCAGAGCAACUGUCAUCGAUGUCCAAUAGUCACGGGUCACGGUCGGAUUAUAUGCAUUAUGCGCAACAACCAUCCUUCAAUUCCUCGAGUCCGAAUUUUCAACCACCAUCUGCUCUUGCUUUAGGAGAACGCUCGAAAGAUGGGUCUUAUCUGGCUUUACAGGCUAAGCAUACACCCGAUUCUGGAGCGGAGUAUUCUAACAUGCAAUAUUCUAAUUCUGUGAAUAAUACAUUGCCCGCACUGCCCGGAUCCUCGGGUUUGGCGAAACGACAGGAUCCAAAUACACCAGGAGACGAGGUAAGUUUUGUCACAGAAGUCGCUCCCUCUUCACGCAAUCUUGAAGAGUUUCAGUUUAAGAAACGACGGAUCAAGGGCAGUUUUUCUGCUUCCGCUUCGGGGAAUACCAAGCAUGGCAACUCUGAUUCUCGGCGAACGGCAUCUUCGAGGCCUGUGUCAAAAGAUAUGUUUGUCCAAUAUAACGCUGAAAAUGUUAUGAAAACCCAGGAGUCUAAUCAUCUUGGCGUAAGGAGUAGUGGCACCACACAAGCUGGUAUCAAGUCUGAAAGUGGCGACGAAGACGAUGAUAACGAGGAGGUACUGGCGCCUGGUCCUUAUGUCGAGUGGUACAAGCCUACCUCGACGAAAAACUCUUCGUUGAUAGAAGCCGCUUCCCAAGACGACGAGCUGGGAAGUACCCAGAACAGUGGAGACCUCAAGACUCCAUAUCUAUCAUCACGCAGUGCCGCCAAUCUUGCUGAAACUGUCAAAUUUGCGCUCAGGAACGAGUCGCAUGGUUCACGGCAAGGCUCAUCUUUGCUUCCCGUUAUUGGUGCGAGUCACGGCUCUCAAAAUCUAAUCGUUCCUUGCGGGACAGCUGCCAGUUAUCCCCAAAGCCAAUAUAAAGCAUCUGGACCGAGAAGACUUCAGUCUGUUGAGCCUGCAGGAUCAGAUGGCUCCAGUACCCAGUCUUUCAACACCACACCCGCCAAAUCAUCUGGCAUUAGUCUUUCGCGGCAAUCGCCGUUCAGACCCUCGCAUCUUUCAAUGGAAAUCAAUUCGGGGACUGCUAGCAGUACGGAGAGCAGUUAUCCUGAAGACGAGGUACCAUCAGGCCUACGAUUGUCGUCAGGGACCGCAAGUCGCUUUAGUGAGGCCAAUAUGAGCACUUCUCCUCAACAUGUAAGUGCCCGGGAGCCAUUGAGUCCAGUUAGAAAUGGGCGCGGUGGACAGUCUUCGGACUCUGACCCUGGAAGCACGUCACCUUUGGAUAUCGAGGAAGCAAUAUCUGAUACAUCGAUUGGCUCUACGGUUUCCAUUGAGAACAGACUAGAUACGCCAAAAGUACAUUCUCAAAUCACUAGGCCGGGCGAGCAAAGUCCAUGGACAAAGUUGGACGCACCGCCUUUACCAAAGAAGGAUCCAACCACCAAACCCUCAACGAUUACUUCACCUAUACCCCAGGACUCGUCCCGGCAGAGAAACAUGUACGACCGAACCGUGGGUGACGGUUGGCAUUCCCCCAACCACGAGAGUAGUCCCGAGAAUAUUAAUAUCAAGAUGUUCAGCGAUAUAUUGACGCCAUCCCCGCCACCUAGGUUCAGCAGUGUGAAAUCUCAGCAGAUAGUUGCAGAUGACGGGCUGACUGCUGACGUGGUUACUGAAAAUCCGUGGACUUCCACUGCGGCAAACAAGGCGUCAUCAAAAUCUAACAAGAGGGUAUCUUUUGGUGUUCUGUCCGACACUUCGGAAGGCAGUAGCCAGGAGCAUCAAACAAGACGACUGGCAAAUUCCCCGCCACCUCCAAAUCCCAUUGAAGGUCUGGAUACAGACGAGCUGGCUGACAUUAACCUGGUUCCGAGAUUCUCAAAGCACUUUACUGUCUUCAAAGAGCCGAAAGGAUUAUCACAAAAUGAGUCCGUAUCGAUGGGUAGCCCUUCGAUUGGCGCCAUGGCAGAAGCUUUCAUAGCAGCCGACCAAGAAACUUCGAUUGAAGAAGAGCGUAGGCUAAAACUUGCCAAGAGCGCUCGCCACCUGAAGCCUACUAGUCCAUCAAUGGUAAAUGCUGUUCGUCGUGAAAGUGCUACCCUCGAUACCUCUCACCUGUCGGAUGACUCGGAGGGCACCCCGUCGAGAGAUGUUCGACCUGAUGUUCAGGCAGCAGGCUUUGAUAUGGAUGAUGCUUUAGGAAGCUUUGCAGACUUUUUGGGCGAUUGGUCGGUAGAGGGAGAGUUGCAAAAGGCUCGAAAUUCGAGUCAAGCGAAGACUGUGGAAAGUAAUGGAGCUAAGAGGCGGAGACUGUUUGGUAUUGUGUGA